AGUGGCUAGACUCUCCACCCGUGCGCACGUCAAUUCCUCUUGGCAAAACCUCCCCAAACCCCCACCCCUCCAAACACACUCACAGUAUAACACAGUCCAACCCUCGGCAUUUCCGGCCACAAUGCUCGGCGUUGCUUCAGACCCCGGAGACGGCGCCUCCGUGUCCGGCGCCGGAGCUCUCGUUCCUUUCUUGCCGGAGGCCCGAGGCCCGGUGGUCUAUCCCCUCCACCACGGCCUCAAGCCGCCGAUCGCUCGCGUCGCCAUCUCGUGGGCCCGAGGCAACUCCCUCCGCGUCUCGUUCUUCCGUCGAGCAUCCGGUGACGGCUCCGACGGAGACGAAGUCGGCGGGAAGGUGUUGGAGGUGAGGCUUAAUAAUGGAGAUGGAGAUAUCAGCGACGCGCAGUUACGGAGGGUCGCUUACGGUUCCGUCUCGCCAUUCGCGGUUCUUCAGAGCCGGAGGAACUCGGUCGCGAGCUUGUCGAAGAUCUCGUCGCCGUAUCACGUUGAGUGGUGGGAGUAUGUGAUGGACUACAGCAAGGACAUAAAUUCACUUCUCGGUAAUCCGAAGUCACUUCCUAGUCCAGCGAUUGAAGACCCACAGGCAGUUUUACAGAAAGUUGAGGAGCCAACCUGUUUGAAAGCUGCAUGGGAGCUGAUGGAAGUAUUUUAUGCAGACAAGCUAUCUCAAGCAUGGCUACCUGAACGUCUUGUUGAUUGGUUAACUGAUUAUGAUAGCCUUCUCUCCUCUACACAAGCAACAAUCCAUUUGAAAGUUGUGGAUUUUCAGAAAGAGCUUGUCACUUUACAGGUUAUCGAGGAUAAUACUAAAUAUUGGGAAGUAAUAUCAUCAGCAUUAGCUGUUGGCUGGCUAGAUGUUGUGGUGAAAAUGUUGCGCUUGCAUGGAUCUUAUCUGCUAGAUCAGAUUGGCAAUCGUGAGACAGAGAAUGGACUGGUAGAGGCAGUUGCUGUUCUUAUUUCCAAAAUGCCACGCAUGCGUCCUGCGCUGGAAUCUGGAAAAUUGGGUGAAUGCUAUAAAGCCAAGCCAGAUUUUAUCAAGGCUUGGGAGAAAUGGCGGGCACAAAUUACUAAGCUGGAGAGCAGUGCAUUCUGGGUUCACUGUGAUCACCACCGGACCAGGGAGGGCUUGAGAAAUAUGCUACAAAUCAUGCUGGGAAAUAUUAACAGUCUCUGCACUGCAACAUGUCAUUGGAUAGAGCUGUACAUUUCUCACUUUCUUUACAUAAGGCCAUUCACGGUGGGUUUAGAAAGUAUGUAUAGCCUAGCCAAGAAAUGCAUGCAGUUAAAACCAAUGACCAGUUCCCAUACGUUGAUAGGACUUGUGAUUGGAAUUCUAGGAGAUAAUACUGAGGUUGUCUUAGCUGAAUGCUCCAGAUCAUUUGGCCCUUGGAUGGUUGCCCAUGCCCUGGAGUUGUUGACUGCUGGGAGUGAUGAAGCGGAAACUCUUCUACAAGAAGAGCGUUAUAACUUGGGUGGAAUCAGCAUAGAGGAACUCCAUCGACUUGUCUAUGCUCAAGUUCUAUCUUUAGAUGCAUUGACGUGGCAACUAGCUCCAAUUUAUUUGACGUCAUGCAUGAAGCAGGGAAUGGGUUUGUUAGAGAUUUUAUUGAGCAAGCAACCUGUUCAACAUACUCAAAUAUUGCUUAAGAUUAUAGAGAUAUGCCGUAUAUAUGAACUUGACAGUAUUAGUUCAAACAUUAUGAAGAUUGCUGGAGUAUACCAUUGGAAGCAUGGUAGGAAAGGUUCUGGAGUAUUUUGGCUUCAGCAAGCCCGGGAUGAAGUUCGUCUUAAUAGGAUUGCCCUGCAGUUGUUUGAUUCUGUUGGACAAUCGAUCUCUGAUGAAAGUUUCAAGCAAUGGGAGGGAUUGAUUGAAUUGUUGGGUUCUGAUUCCAAGACUGCUGGCGGUCUUGAGUUUUUACGCAAGUAUAGGGAUUUUAAAAAAUCCCUGAAACAGGUUAAUGAUGGAAAAACUACUGAUGUUGCUCAGCAAGCUGUAGAGUCCCUCAUAUCGCUUAUGAAAAACCCAUCUACACCUCAGCGUUUUUGGCUGCCUCUUCUGUAUGACUCGUUGAAGCUGCUCAGCUGGCAGGAGCGUCCUCUGCUAAACGUCUCUCAGACCAACCUCUUGUUGAAUAAAGUGCAAGAGUUGUCAAUGGCAAGGCUGCGACCGGACUUCAUUGAAGCUGAGUUGCCACCGCAAGCCUUAGGUGGUGUUAGGCUAGCUCUUGCUACAAAUCUUGGACGUGCUAUCCUGGAAGAAAAAUGAGGGCCUACUCUUUGAAUGACUAGUUUGCCAUCUGCUCGCUGGGGCUGUCGGACAGCAUGUGAACUGUAAAGGGCUGUUUCAAUAGGUAUUGUAUCCUGCUACUCUUAGUUACAUAGCAGUCUAACAAAAGGUUUGUUCUUUGUUGCGAAAAGGGGUUUCAAUAGCUGUAGCUGUUGUAAAUUUAUAUGAUAUUCACCUGAGUUAUUCACUUAUCAAAUUUGUUGAGAUAAAGAAAGAGAGGAUAUUAGGUCCUUCUGCCUUUAUGUUUGUUUGUAUCCCUUCUGUGUACUGCUCAGGAAAAAUCUACAUUCAUCGAUCACUUUCUAAACAGUUCAUUUUUUCUUUCA